AUGGAUUUCGAAGGCACCGACGGGAGCUACACUGUCUCAUGGGAAAAGAUGAAGGAUUUCACCACCAACCUGCUGAUGCUCCACAAUGCUCAGCUUUUGGAUGCGAUACGCCUACGAACGUUUAGGCACAAGUUCCAGAUUCCCUUUUUUGGCUCUGCUUUUUGUCGCCUCAAAACGUUGAAGCUUGAUGGUGUCUCUUUGGAUCAUUGUUUCACCGAGCGGCUCAAUUCUGGGUGCCCAGUCCUGGAAGAUUUGGUUCUCGAUUCUUGUCGCAAUGAAUUUGAUGCCAUUCAAUCUGACACACUGAAGAACUUGGUUGAGGAUUGUUCGGGUAACGUUGCAGAUGGAUUGGUCAUCAGGGCUCCUUGUCUCGCUUCCCUCUCCCUGAGGUUUCCUUAUUCCUACUAUAGAAAUGGUCUUUCAUUAGAGGCAGGAAAUUCCCUUGUGACGGCAUCAAUUUCUGUAGAUAGUGAUGGAUCAUCUCAAAGUUAUCAGACAAUUAUUCUGGGAAGCCUAUGGAACGUGACUAGCGUGGACUUAAAGGGUUUUAGUGCAAUGGCAUUCCUUGAUAAUGAAUUUGAUAAAUUCCCAAUAUUUGACAACUUGAGAACCUUGUCCCUCAGCUGGUGUUUUCUCAGUGAGCAUGAUGUGCACAAAUUCAAGGCCCUUGGAAGAUUUCUGCAGAACUCUCCUAAUCUGGAGAAGCUUACUUUGCAGGAUUUCUGGGUAGGAGUGCCUAACAUUUUUUCUUUAUCAACUAUCCUACUUUGAGUACGUGGCUUCUAAUGACCUGCAUCAAAAUCUCACUCAGUUUUGUACUACUG